AUACUUCCAAAUAAACAACAAUUAUAUAUCAACUUUAGUCGCACACACAAACACACACACCAUUAUUAUUAUUAUUAUUAGUCCACACCUGNAAUUCAACAUAUUUUUUUUGUUUUCUUGUUUAAAAAAACACGCGCACGUCUCAUGCCGACGCCUGUCGCCGCAGCCAGGCAAUGCCUGACGCCGGAGGCGACGGCGGCUCUCGACGAGGCGGUGGCGGUGGCUCUCCGCCGCGGCCAUGGCCAGACAACGUCUCUCCACAUGAUCUCCGCCCUCCUCUCCCUCCCGGGCUCCUCCCUGCGCGAGGCCUGCGCCAGGGCCCGGCGCGGCGGCGCUUCCGCCUGUCCCGCUAGGGUUCAGUUCAAGGCCCUCGAGCUCUCGCUGACGGUAUCCCUCGACCGGCUGCCGUCCAACUCGCAGAACCGGGCCGAGGGCGGGCCGCCGGUCUCCAACUCUCUGAUGGCCGCCAUCAAGAGGUCCCAGGCGAACCAGAGGCGGCAGCCGGAGAACUACACCCUCUACCAGCAGCAGAAGCCGGCGUGUUCCUCGUCGAUCCCCGUCGUGAAGGUCGAGUUACAGAAUCUCGUAAUCUCGAUCCUCGACGAUCCACUGGUGAGCAGGGUUUUUGGGGAGGCGGGAUUUAGGAAUUUCGACAUAAAAAUGGCCCUGCUCAGAAAGGGGACCGCCGCAGGCGGCGGGUUCUACCCCUCUCAGGUGUUCGGUUGUACCUCGAGGUACAAGCGGCCGAACCCACCUUUAUUUCUCUGCAAUUUUCCCUUCUUGGGCUGUUUUCCCGGGGACGAGGAGAAUUUGAGGAGGAUUUGCGAGGUUAUGAGGACGGAGAAAAAUAGAUGCCCACUUCUUGUUGGGGUCUCAGCUGGUGAUACAUUGAAAGUCUUCUUAGAGAAGAUUAGUAAAGGAUUGAGCUUUUUGGAUGGGUUCUUUGCUGGGAUGAGGGUUGUUUGUGUUAAAGACGAGAUUUUUAGGUGUCUGAAUGGGGAUUUUGAUGAUGGGCCGUUGAGGCUGAAGCUUGAAGAGGUGGAGAAAAUGGUGGGGGAUUGCAAAGUGGUUGUAAAUUUUGGUGAUUUGAAUGAAUUAGAUGUUGGAAGUGAUUGUAAUAAUAAUUUUGAUGGUGUAAGGCUUUUGGUGGAAAGAUUGAGUAAAUUGGUUAAGGUUUGUGGUGAGAAACUGUGGUUAACUGGAGCAGCUGCAAAUUAUGAGGUUUAUUACAAGGUUUUGAAGAGAUUUCCUACAAUUGGAGAUGAUUGGGACCUAGAGAUUUUGCCCAUAACUUCAUUUAAAUUCGAUGUGGGAGGAUCAAAUCCCAGAUCCAGCUUGAUGGAGUCUUUUGUUCCACUUGGCGGUUUCUUCUCGAUGCCAUCAGAGGCAAAAAAUUCCUCAAGCAACACAUGCGAAAAUCUGGCCCGGUGCCACCUGUGCAACGAGAAGUACGAACAAGAAGUAGCCAGGCUUUCAAAUGAAGUACCUCGUGCUUCGGUUGCGGAACAGUAUAAUCAGCCGUGCUUCGGUUCACCUUCUUCAAGGGGCAAAUAUGAUGAUAGCUUGUUACUGAAUGCGAAAAUCACCUCAUUCGGGAAGAAAUGGGACGAUAUUUGCCGCAAACAUCACUUUAGUCAGACAUUCUUGAAAGGAUUUCAAAUUUUUGACAGCAAAAAGGAAAACGAGAUAAAAAACGGCAGUACAAACUCGACUGGAUCAGCAAAGGACCAAAUAAACAAGAACCCCUCAUCUAGUUCAUCAAAAAAGAUUACUUCUUUCGAUAUGUACCCAAAGCCCGACAAAAGUCUCGAUAUUUUACGUAAAUCCAGUGAAGUCCCAUCUGAACCUAAAAGAAUAAGUGAUUCUUCAAAUGCAGGCACAAAUUUAUGUUUGGGGAUUAUUUCUCAUCCACCUUUGUCUUACCACGAUUCGAAAGACCCCAAAUCAAUCUACAAAAUGCUUGUAGAUGGAAUUUCUCAGCAAGAAGAUGUGAUAAGUGCCAUUGUCAAAACAAUAACCGGACCUCGAAAAGCUGCAGGCCCUCAGAAUCUAUGGAUUUACAUCCGCGGGCCCGAUAGGUUGGGCAAGAAGAAACUUGGCGUGGCGCUAGCAGAAAUCCUGUACGGAAGCAGAGAAUGUCUCGUAUAUGCCGACCUCAGCUUCCAAAAAGGCUCGACUCGCGUGGAAACUAUAUUUCACAAGCAAUUGACGAAUAAAUACGAAUUAAAAAUGAGGGGUACAGUCAUCGAUUUCUUGGUCGAGAAGCUAAGCCGAAAUCCGUCAGUCGUGUUCCUCGAGUACAUCGACGAGGCCGAUCUAGUGGUUCAGAAUAGCCUGUUGCAGGCCGUUAAAAAGGGGAGAUUAACCGAUUUAAGGGGUAAAGAAGUAAAUAUAAGCAAUUGUAUAUUUCUUGGAAGUUCAAGCCAUACAGCAGCACCUAAUGAGAACAAAUCAAAUAAAUACGCCGAGGAGGAUAUUCUGAAUGCUAAGGGUGGUUCGAUCAAGAUGAUGAUGAUAGGGUUCGAUCUUAACGAUGACCCCACGAACCAAAACUCGUUUUUCUCGAACAAAAGGAAGCUUCCGGAGGAAAACGUGAUUGCGGGCUAUCGUGAAAGAGCAUGCAAAGCAUCAAAAUCGAGUCUUGAUUUAAACCUUCCGGCCGAAGGUGAUAUUUUGUCACAAAAUUCCGAAAAUGCCACCGCAUGGGUGGAGGAGGAAUUCGACCAAACGGUGGUUUUUGGUCGUGUCGAUUUCGAUUUGCUUGCCGAGAGAGUUUGUGAGGAGAUUAAUUCGUGUUUACGAAGUGCGGUUGGUUUAGAGUGCUCGGUUGAGAUAGAAAAUGACGUGAUGCGUCAGAUUCUGGCGGGUGGGUACUUGUAUGGGAACGAGAGGGUUGGGGUUUGGGUUCAAAAUGUGGUUCGAAGGGCAUUUUCGGAAGUUGGGGAGAAGUUUGGCGUAAGUGCUCGUUCGGUCAUUAAAAUCGUCGGGUGCGAGGGUACGGCCUGUGACGACGAGCUACUUCCGAACCGUAUUUUAGUCGGUCAGCUUAGCAAUGAUUAUUUGAGGCCGAGGGAUUUGGUCGGGCUGAACUUGGGUUGGGCUUGUGAAGAUGAGGAGGCCCGGCCCAAUAGAAGGGAGUUCCCGGCGGCUACUGAGGUGGCUAGAAUGCCCACAUAUUUUUAA